GCACCGACCACUAUUGGAAAAUUAGUCGACGACUACUUGCUGAACACUUGCUUGCAAUACUUGCUCUUGAAUUUCUGUCAUGGCCACCGAAGGAGCUACCCGUCUGCGCCAACUUCUGAAGGAUCCGAGCCAUCUUGUCGUGUGUCCAGGAGUAUACGAUGGCCUCACAGCGAGAGUUGCACUUUCGAUGGGCUUUGAGGCUUUGUACAUGACCGGAGCUGGAACAUCUAUCUCGCGUCUCGGUAUGGCUGAUCUCGGGAUCGCUACAUUCAACGAUAUGCAUGAGAACGCAGCCAUGUUGGCUGGUCUUGAUCGUUCCGUUCCUCUGAUUGCUGAUGCUGAUACUGGGUAUGGUGGUCCCAUCAUGGCCUCCCGCACCGCAGAAGCCUACGCCCGCGCAGGGGUAGCAGCCCUGCACAUCGAAGACCAAGCCCAAGAAAAACGCUGCGGCCACCUCGGCGGCAAACUCAUCGUACCUACCGAAGUCUACUGUUCCCGCAUCCGCGCUGCCGUUCAAGCACGAACCCGUAUCUGCUCCGACAUGCUCAUCAUCGCUCGUACGGACGCUCGUCAAUCUCUUGGAUUCGAAGAGGCGUGCAAGAGGUUGGAAGCUGCGGUGGACGCCGGUGCGGAUGCGGUUUUCUUGGAGGGGAUAUUGAGUAAGGAGGAGGGGAGGAAGGUUUGUGAGAUCAUGGGAGAGAAGAAGGGGACGGAGGCUUGGGGAGAGGCGGGGGUCCCUUGUUUGAUGAAUUUGGUUCCGGGGGGCGUGAGUCCGGACAUGACUGUUGAGGAGGCGAGAGAGUUGGGAUUUAGGAUUAUGAUAUUCCCCACGAUUGGCAUUGAGGGCGCGAUCAAGGGAGUGAAGGAGUCGAUGGGCCUUUUGAAGAGCGAUGGGAGACAGAAGUUGGAGGAGGGGCAGGGAGUGAGAGAGGCGUUCAAGCUAGCAGGGUUGGAUCAUUUGAUGAAGAUCGACGAUGAGGCAGGCGGGGUCAACCUCAAGAGUGCUUAA